AUGCCAGCCGUCGAUUUAUCCGAGCUCCCCACCACAGAGUCACGAAUUACCUAUAACAAGCGUGAUUUGUUGAUUUACGCUUGUGGAAUCGGUGAAGAAGAUUUCAGAUACACUUAUGAAUUGAACAAGGACUUCCAAGCCUUCCCUUCAAUCCCUGUUGUUUUGGGCGGCUACUCACAAGACGUUACCGAUUUCAGCAAACGAGCUGGAGGCGGAUUCAACGUCCCUGGCGUCAAGCUCGACUUGACUAAAUUGUUGGAUGGAGAACGUAUGAUUGAAUUGUACAACCCUCUGCCUCUUGAAUCCAAGGGGGAGUUGAUUGCAAGGGGACGUACUACUGGUGUUUAUGAUAUUGGCAAAGCCUGCAUCAUGGAAUCCGAAACCGUCAUUUCUGAUGCAAGUGGCAAGAAAUACGCCAAGAUCAUUGGUCGUGCCUUCUUCCGUGACGCUGGAGGAUUCGGUGGUCCAGCACCACCCAAACCACCACCAGAAGCAACCCCACCAAAAACACCUGCCCACAAGGUGGUUGUAACCCCAACACGUGUAGAGCAGGCUCAGCUCUACCGUCUCUCGUCUGACUACAACCCUCUCCACAUUGACCCAGUAUUUUCUGGCAAAGUAGGCUUCAAGGUCCCCAUCUUGCACGGCUUGUGCUCGUACGCUCAAGGUGUACGUGCAGUCUUGCAGGCUUAUGGAGAGAAUGAUGGACGUAGACUUGUAUCGUACAGGACUCGUUUCACACACCCCGUCCUCCCUGGCCAAACCUUGUCCACUGAAUUGUGGAAAGUCAAGGAAGAUGCCGAGACCAUUACCGUUGCAUUCCAAUCUACCAUCAAGGAAAUCGGCAAAGUCGCUCUUGGAGGCGGUGUUGCAGUCCUUAAGAAGUCAUCUUCUCCCAAGCUUUAA